AGAAGUCAAACUUCAAACGAAACGUAAUUCCUACAAAAAGCGAAAUUGUCAGGUGUCGAGUAAUUGCUCAAUUAAGUAAGGUACAAAGAAUUAACGAGCGACUAAAACAAAAGAAGUACAUUAUCUCAUUAACACCCUAAAAUCUCAGACUUCUCCUAAUUAGUAAUGUUUGGUCAUAUGACUUAAUUUGACCAAUGAAAAUCCAAUAUUUUCUUCGCAAUCUCCCAGAACUGCGAAUUCGUUUGUUUUCGUCUUUUCUUGCCGAAUUCUUUAAAACCUGAAAUUCAAUUAAUGCUAAUUAUUUAUUUCUUGUACCGAGUACCCUGUGGAGUUUUCGUUAAGAAAUUCCACUGAUAAGAUUGUCAGAUACCAUUGGUAUAAAAGGCUUGUUUAUGCCUUAGAGUAAAGGCUUGUUUACAUCAGAUUUAUUCUGAAUAUUGAUCAGCUUUGAGAGACUAAAGAAAAAUGUUACACAGAAACAGACAUACAACAUUGUUUAUUUGGAUUUUCAAGGAAAUGUGAGGAAGUAUUAGUUCAUAACUGAAAAUAGUAGCAAGAUUUCAUUCGGAGUCCUGCAAACCAAUAUUUAGAUGCUGUGCCAUGCUUGAAUAGAAGGGCCAUCAAAUCAAGUGAAAUCAUAGUCAUAACAGAUACUGGUGUCACAUAACUGGCACCUGUGCCGGUGGAAGGUAAAAUCACCCAUUACACUCUUGGAGUGGUUGACAUUUGGAAGGGCAUCCAGAUGUAGAAACCGUGCCAAAUCAGACUGGAGUCUGGUACAGCCCCCUCAGUUUACCAGCACCUGGGUCAAACCGUCCAAACCAUGCCAGCAUGGACAACAGAUGUUAAAUGAUGAUGUUGGUGAUAAUUUGACUCUAAAUUUAUAGAGGUUUGUGAUGUUUCAAGAUAUGAACAAAGACCACAGUUGAUGAAAAUAUAUUUGCAGAAAUCAAUGUAAGAAAUAAACAAUAAAAACAAAAUCAUGGAUAAUGUUCGAAUAUUAUGGUGUGAUAAGAAAAAUAUAGGUAAAAUGAAUUAUAUAUGAACCUUUAAGGAGUGACAGCUUUUUUUUGGGGGUUUUUUUUUCCUGAAAAGAUGCCAAAUGAAACUGGAAAAUCAUCAUAUCACUGUGAUAUUUGCAAUAAAUCAUUUUCUGGAAGUAGUAACUUAAUUAUACACGAGCGUAUUCAUACAGGAGAGAAGCCAUAUCAGUGUAAUAUCUGUGGGAAAUCCUUCUCUGAAAAUGGUAACUUGACUAAACACAAACGCAUUCAUACAGGAGAGAAACCAUAUCACUGUGAUGUCUGUGGUAAAUCAUUCUCUGAAAAUGGUGCCUUGAUUACACACAAGCACAUUCAUACAGGAGAGAAGUUAUUUCGCUGUGAUAUUUGUGAUAAGUCAUUCUCUUUAAAUCAUAAUUUAACAAAACACAAACGUAUUCAUACAGGAGAGAAGCCAUACCACUGUGUUUUCUGUGGUAAAUCAUUCUCUCAAAAAAGCCACUUAAUUAGACAUAACCGUAUUCAUACAGGAGAGAAACCUUAUCAGUGUGAUAUCUGUGGUACAUCAGUUCCUCAGAAUUAUACCUUAACUCAGCACAAACGUAUUCAUACUGGAGAGAAACCAUAUCACUGUUAUAUCUGUGGAAAAUCAUUCUCUGGAAGUAGCCAUUUGACUACUCACAUACGGAUUCAUACAGGAGAGAAGCCAUAUCAUUGUGAUAUCUGUGGUAAAUCAUUUUGUCAUGGUAACACCUUAACUAACCAUAAACGUAUUCAUACUGGAGAGAAACCAUAUCACUGUGAUAUGUGUGAUAAAUCUUUCUCUGAAAAUGGACAUCUGACUAUGCACAAACGUAUUCAUUUAGGAGAGAAACCAUAUCACUGUGAUAUCUGUGGAAAAUCAUUCUCACAAAAUGGUAACUUAACCAGACAUAUACGUAUUCAUACAGGAGAUAAGCCGUAUCACUGUGAUGUAUGUGGUAAAGUAUUCUCUCAUGGAAAUACCUUAACUAUACACAAACACAUUCAUACAAAAGGAUAGCCAUAUCUUUGUCAUAUCUGUGGUAAAUCUUUCUCU